AUGAACCGUAGGAAAAGUUCUCGGAGCGUAUUCCGUUGGAACCGAAAGUACGCAUGUGCGAGAUUGGGGAAUCGCUGCAUUAAAGAGGACGCCUGGCCAGGAGGGGAGGGGGGAGGGGGACGAUGGAAUCCCGCGCGCAUGCGCCCUUGCGCUAGAGAGGGCGCCUAGGCCGCAGCCGCCAAGCCGUCCCCAUGACAACUACGUUUCCGCCCUGCUUUUUUUCAUCCCACAUCGCCAUUUCCGAUUUGUUGUCGCCCCGAGGAUGUAGUUUAGGCCAAUGGAAAAGCAGCACGCUUUGGGGGGUGGGCUGUUUAUUUUUUGGGCCAAAUGGAACCCAGUUUCGGAUCCAGUUCCAGCCAAUUACGCGCGAUGAGGCGGAGCAAAGGAAGAGCGAGGUUUGUCUGUAGGCGGGGUCGGCGCAGGUUGGUUGAGAGCAAAGCGGGGGGGGGGGAAAGGGAGGGCGUAGGGCGGUUGGGGGAUGGCGGUAGAAUGAAGAGCAAAGGCAGCAAUAGGGUUGGAGGCCACGCCCCCCGAAACCAAGCCCCGCCUUCUCCAUGGCAAAAAAGCGAGAGGCGUUUGGCUUCUGUAAUGGAGGCUGCAGUAGUUUCUUUGCGCGUGUGGCUGUCCUGUGCUCUGUAGAAACCCUCCUCAGCUAUGGCUGACUGAAAGACAUUUUGCUGCCUCUGGCGGAGCAGCAAAUGGCGCCUUUUCUCCCACCAGUUGAGGCGCAUUAGCACGAAAGGCAUAUACAGUUAACUCUGGCUCCUGAGGGCAGAGAAUCCCACAAGCACCUCUCCCGCCUUCCCCACUUCUUGGUAGCAAAAUUACAACGGCAAAAAUAAAACCAAGCAACAGUUUGCUGCCUUGUCACGACUCUCCAGUCAGCUGCCUUUUAGCCUGCCUGAUCGUGAGCAGAUUGCAAUAGUUGUUAAAACACGAAAAUGCAGUGUUGGCUCCUAGGCUCUCCACCCACCCCUUUAUAUUUUGCUGCGUGCACACCGUCCGUUUAAAAGUACAUAUCGCCCGCCCCCAGCUCAAAUAAUCAAGGGAAUUAUAGUUUGUUAAGGGUGGUGGGAAAUGUCGCUUUGGGGGUCGACUAUAAUUCCCAGGAUUCUGUGUCGCAUAUCUGUGUGACUGCUUUAAAUCUGUGGUGUCUAUGCAGCCUUUGUUCCCUAGACACUGGAUUUAUGUACUAAACAAGCUAUAGUUUAGGGCCCCACUCUCUUCCCCCCCAAUUCACUAUUAAUAUACUUCUUAUUUGUAUUUCAGUUCAAAAAUUACUUUGUAUAUAUAUAUAUUGCUAUGUGCAAGUUGCUUUAGAUACCUAUUAGGUCCAUAAAUUCUACACAAAAAACAGCAACAAUUUGUUGUUGACAAAGGACAGCUAACAUAUAAUGGGCCCCAUUACCUUCAGUAUCUUAGGGCCUCGUCAAACCUAAUCUGGCCCUGCCUCCCACCCUUACACUUAGCAAGUUGACAGCCUUUCCCAAAGCAAUUGCUUUCCUCUUAAUAUAUACUCAGUAUGUUUUUAUUGCUCCACUUCAUAUAUUUCCUUCUUUUAACCAGAGUGGAGCCAUGACAGUUUCCCAGUUAUUGCCUUACCCGGCUCUUAGUAACUCAGAUCUGAUAGCGCCUCCUAAUUUAUGUCCCCUAACUCUUGUCUCCAGCCCCACUUUCACCAGAGAAAGUCAUAACAGCAAGCCCUUACAGAUCCCAUUAUAUAUUUCCCAAGCCUCCCAGCGUUUAAAAAGCACUACAGACAUCACAGCUAAUAUUGGUACAGUAUUUCCCCUCCCAUCUCAGUGUGACACAAUAUAACUUAGCAGAGGUGGAUUUAGGGGAGCUCGGCUGGUUUGGGCGUGAACUGGGCACCGCAACUAUGAUUUAGAAUGGAAAUGGUUUACAGUAUUGAAUAUUUACAGAUAAAUUGUAAACAGAUAAGAACACUGGCAGGAUUGUUGUAAUAACCUGCAGUUUCAUAAGAGUUUACGGUAUAUUUUAAAGAAGAUGAAUAAAUGGGUAAACUAAGUUAAUUUGGAUAUGCAGAAGAUAUUAAAAGUAAAUUUAAGGAACCACAGAAGGGGGAGGGGAGGAAGUCAAGCUUUGAAAUGUCAAAAUGAUUGUAAAUUGUUGUCAAAUUAGUGAAAUGUAUAAACUUGAAAAGUAUAAAUAAAUAAAUAAAAUAGAAUGGAGCACAAGAAGCCCCAGCCACUCUGGGCAGCUUCCAACAUAUAUAAAAACAUUAAACAAUUUAAAAAAAAAAAAACUCCUAUACAGCGGAGGUUUUCAACCCUUUUGAGUCCAUGGCUUGAGUACCAUGGCAGUGGUACCUCUGGUUAAGAACUUAAUUCGUUCUGGAGGUCUGUUCUUAACCUGAAACUGUUCUUAACCUGAAGCACCACUUUAGCUAAUGGGGCCUCCCGCUGCCGCUGUGCCGCUGCUGCACGAUUUCUGUUCUCAUCCUGAAGCAAAGUUCUUAACCUGAGGUACUAUUUCUGGGUUAGUGGAGUCUGUAACCUGAAGCGUAUGUAACCCGAGGUACCACUACAUUCUUUCUGUGGCACUCCGGCGGGGCUCAGGAGCCCAGUUAUGUCACCCCUCGCCUGCAGAGCUCGCAGCCUCUCACCCUUUUUGAACACCUUCCCUUGUGGAGGGUUCCCUCAGCCUCCUCUCCUUCUCCCCUCUCCUUGGGAGUCCUCUGGGCAGCCGCUGCUGCCACCCCUGGUCUCUGAGCUGCCCCCCACUGCUCCAAAGAGAGGUGUCUCCUCAGACUGCCCCACAGGGGCCUGGGACUUGUCUGUCCAUUCCCAACAGCAAGGGCUGGUGGACAGCCUGGCUGGGCUCCCUCGCCCGCUUGCUUGCUUACUGGCAAACCAGCACCCCUUGGCCAGCCACAGAGGCACCAUUCGCCUGCAGAGCUUGUAACCAGGGCUUCUGCAACAAACAGUCACACAAGCCUUUGGGAGGCAGGGGCACGAGAGGGCAUCAGAGGAGGGAGGGAAGGAAAGAGGGUGCCAUGGCACACUGGUUGAAAACCACUUCUAUACUGGAUUGCCUUCAGACGGCCUCAGAAUUGAAUAACUUCAUACCCUCCAAAAUAAAGAUGUGUGGGGCAUAAACAGUAAAAUUAUCAUUAUGGAAUGGGACGUCCCUAUUUUCAUAGGAGAAAUGUUGGAGGGUAUGCAUCACAUAUGGUUCUGUGCUAAAGCGCGAAGCUAAGAACAUGGGAAACUGAACAUAAACAAACGAUCCGCUUAGUCAAAUUUUGUGUCUGUGUGUGUGCGCGCGCGCAGCUCAGGAAAUUAUGGGCUGCAUAGUACACUCAAUUUGUAUUUUAUUUUUACAUUGUCAUGCAGUAAUAUUGGAUUUGUAUGAUGUGUGUAGUUUUUUACCCAUUUGCUUGCUUAGCUAUUAGUGGUGAAGUAAUACUUCAUUAUCAAUUUAACUGUUCAGCUCGUUUAUUCUAAUAUAAAGCUGCAGGAUUUGCACAUCGCACACCAGGAAAACCUUUCUUCAUCCAAGCAGUUAAAAUGUUUUUAAAAGCAUGUUUUACUGAGUUUCUGAAAGUAAUAUUGGUAAGAUACACUUUCAGUCUUUUUUUAAAAAACAAACUUUUAUCAUUUGAAAAUUGUGAACACGUGAUACUCUGUUGGCAGUCUAAUAUCAACAAUGGUCAACAAUGGAAAGACAAGUCCAGACAACCAUUAAUGAAACAAACACACAUUUCCCUGGUGACAGUGUGACAGAUUCUGCUGGCUUUCCUUCAUAGUGUGUCCACUGAUUAUUAUUUGGUAAUGACUCCUGAUUUGUGCCAGAGUCUGUCACUACUCCAGUCCUGUAUUCAGAGCUGUUUGUUAUCUCACUGGCUGAGACUUGUACUUGUGUUUGUUUUUUUAUCUUGCUUAGAGACCUCAAGAUGGCAACUGCAACAAGAUAUUCUUUGCCUUAUGAACAGAUCUGGGAAGACCCUAAAGUCCAUGGUGAGGAAUGGAGGCAGACGAUCAGGUUCGUUUUAGCAAAUGCGAGAGUUAUGCAUAUGAGAGAGAGCCUCACAGUUGUAAACAGCAUUAUGUUUAGAUUAACAUCUAUUUGCUCACUUGUCUAACAUGCUGUGUGUUUUUUUCUGAUGGUUUUUCAACAUAUUGGCAGUCCAAAGUCAUAUACAGUACCACUUCAGGUGACUACCUUAAACACUAAAAAUAGACUCCUUUGCCAGAUGUUAGCAUUUCCCCCCAUGUCCUCUAACCCUAACAGUGUUUAAUCAGAUAUAAUUACUGUUUAUUUAAGUAGCAGUUACUACCAAAUAACUUUGUUCAGGAUUGCAGCCUAAUGGUGCAGUCUUAUAUGUACAUGUCAGAAGUCCUGUUGAAAGCAAUGGUGCUUGCUUCUGUUUAUUAUUAUUUUUGCUCUGCAGGUGCUAUAGUUGCAUGAAAUAAAAUGUCAAUUGCAUUUAUUCAGAGUGUUUGUUUGGUAUUCAAAGUUGUGUCAAGUUUGAGAGUAGUUGCCACAACUUUUAAGAACGAAAGAACUAUGCCUUUUCAACUCUUUGCAACUUCACUACUAUUUAAUAUACUUACUAUAAGAAAUUCCCUAGAGAAAUUAACAAUUAAUAAUUCUGGCAUAGAUUAUUGCAACUCAGGCCAAUGUCUAUACUUUUUAACCUUUGUAAUAGAUGUUAGCACAAUGUGCAGCACGAUGAUAUUAUUUAAAGGAUCGGUUCCCUAAUAUAUUUUUUUUGUUAUUUUGUUUUAUCUGGGUUGUUCCGACCCCCCCGGAUUCGCCGCCACGGCUGCCGCCGCCUCCCUAACUGGGAGAGAUAAGUGAAAAGUUUUCCUGGGCAUAAAUCCUCUGCCCUGUCAACCAGCUAUUUCCUUUUAGCUUUUAGCUUACUGCAUAUUGCGAAGUGAAGUUUGCCCGACUGCUGGAACCGGGCUGUUCCAAAAUCCUAGGAACAAGGAAGAGGGGAAGGAAGAGGCUUGAACUGGCUGCCUUACUGUGAGUAACUUUACAGCACCACUCUCCUGGAAGUGGUAGUAUUCCUGUGAGGAAGACUAAAGGAUUUAAGGAGCUCCCAGCACAGUGCUCACGACGGUUCCCCUGCAAAAUUGAUUUAUGGGCCAUGGAAAACGCCCAAGAGACCCUGACGAGGCAUUAUCCUCUCCGAGGCCUAAGCAAUCAAGGAAGGGUUUACCUAAAGGUGGGAGAGGCCCCGAGGAAUGUAUCUACUCAAUAGCAAUUCAAAAUCGUUUCGAUCCUCUAACGGCCCUUGAAACAACAUCAAAAGAUGAGGCCCCUGAGACGCUACAAAUUGGAAAAGCCAAUGGUAACACAAAUGGGGAUGGUCCCUAUCCGAAGGAGGUGUUGGUGGACGAAUCUGCGGACUGCACAGGUUGUGAGCAACUCCAUCUAAUAAUUAGAACUCUAAACUGUAUAUUUAAGAGAAUUGAUGGCCUAUCCUCUCAGCUGCACAGCCUUCAGCAAAAACUGGAUGACCAGCCGGUUCAGACAGCCCAAGAUGGGGCAGUAGAUGUUCCAUUGUGCCGGCAGAAAGCGCCACCAAACACUGAUCGUAUGAAGAACUGCAAAUAUAAUCUCAACCCCUCACUGAAUCGCCAAUCCCUGACUCUACAGCCAAGGAAGUUUUCCUAACCUUCCGGGAAAGGGACCCAAGUUGGGCAACGCUACAUGGGACUAAAGAGCACCUCAGAUGGCUUCUAAAACUUGAGACAUCACAAAUAGAUCUUUGUGCUGUGCUUCCCUUAAUCCAACAGAACAGAUAUCAGAGAAUGAUGCUGGCUUUCCACUCUGCAAAAAUCCCUCUCUUAUUAUUAAGCAAAAAGUGUUUUUGAAUAGUCUUGGCAUUUUUCCAACGAGAGUCUUCAUGGAUUCCAUAAUUAGACCCCUCCUAUCGGAGGGAUUAAUCAAGGAGACGGUACAACCCUCCCAUCCUGAACCACAAAAGAGGGCUGAGCUGUACACCCCAUGUCUGGGCCAGUCCCAAAAUGCCUCCACUCCUACAACUAAACACUACGAUUGUGCCAAUAACUCUCUGACACCCCAGGAGGAAAGAGAGCUUAUCGCCUCCUUUGGUGAGUUACCUGCGAUGGAACAACAAGAAAUUAUAAAUAGGCUAGACUUACUUAAACUUCAGCUCCUAAGUAUUGCCUGCAAUGGAGUUUCUACGAGUAAUACCCACUCUAAUUUAGCGGUGCCAUACCCCAUGGAGGUGGAAACAGCAAUUCCCCAAUACCCAGCAUAUAAGGUGCCUUCUGCAUUGGAUGGGAAGGUCUCACUGCUGGAGGCAGACUCUUCUCCUCCCCUUCACGUUGGUAACUCAUCCCUGCUUCUAAUAGACUUAUCUGUCCCCUCCGUGAUUAACCGAUCAAAGAAUGGAACUCAGGAUAACACCCCCCUGGAUAAAUCGUUGUCCCUUCAUUCCUCCAUGCCGGACUUGGAAUCAACAUACAUCGAAGACCAUCCACGACCUGAGACGGCAGUGGCCAUUCCAAGUCAGGCUUCUCCAGCGCACUCUUGCCCACCAAAAAUCCAACAAUUACGUGAGGAAGACACUACAGUGUCGAGAGUCACCACAGAGUGGAUUGAAGACCCAGCAGGACAUAUAAAUCAAAGGAUCACAAGUGUAUCGGUUAGAUCCCCAAAGAGGACGGCUCCAGCGGACUUGGCAGGAGCCUCUUCAGAGCCUAGUUGGGCCCGACAGCUAAAAAUGCCAAAUAUUAUUCCUACCCACCAGGAUGCUAACUCUCUUCUGCCUCCCAAAAAUUCUGGCCCUCGUGAGUCGAUCGUGCCACAACCGGCUCGCAUUAGAGCAAAAGACUCCCCACAACCGGUGUGCACCAGAGCAAAAGACUCACCACACCAGGACGACAACUUUCAGCAAAGGAAAAUAACGGACUUCUUUAAGGGAGCGUCCUGGUCGCAUAAGAACCCCCCACAAGAAUUUAAAUGACGGUUAGCCGGACAAUCCAGAAAACCACCAAUAUCGAUCCUCUGUUGGAACAUAGCUGGCUGGCGUAGGAAAAAAUGUGACCCAGAAUUCCAGUCGUAUAUCAACUCGUUUCAUAUCAUUCUAUUGCAAGAAACUUGGGAGGAGGGUGAAAUUGUCAUAAACGGAUUCGACCUAUUAUCUCUUCCAGCUUAUCCCUCCCAGAAAGGAGGACGGCCGAAAGGUGGUCUAGUAAUUGGUAUCUCACUGAAGCUGCAUUUCAAAUUUUCACUAGUUUUGACUGCUCCCCUUAUGCUUUAUCCGGGUUGAUGUCGGGGGAAAAGUAUCACUGCUAAUCUCUAAUGUCUACCUCCCGCCAGAGGGUUCGUCCCUUGAACUGCAUGAUAGAUGGGAAAUAUUAGAAGAUCAUUUAGUAUCAUGCCGAGUCAAAUAUGCCAAUAGCCAAUCCUUAAUUGGUGGUGACUUCAACGCACGUAUAGCAGCAAAUUGGGCUGAUUUAACUAAAGCUAAAUGGUGGACUGCUCCAUGCCUUGACAAUUAUGAUUUGAGACAUGCCUUAGGGAGAGCCUCAAAAGACUCCAAAGUAAACGAGGCUGGAGUACUUCUUUACCAGAUGGCUAUUCGCUUAAACUUAGAACCCCUGAAUGGCUGCUGCCCUCCUGAUAUACCGGGGGAGUAUACCCACCUAGGCAUAAAAUCAAACAGUGUGCUAGAUUACCUUUUAGCCUCGAGUGACCUGAUUUCGAAAGCUCUCUCUUUUAAGAUUGACAAUAUUCACUAUAGUGAUCACCUUCCACUUGCUGCUACGUUUGACCUAGACUGGCACGGGGACGAGCACGGUCAUCCAACUCAAUUAGAUACUAAUGCAGAAAACCAGGUAGAGGGUAUUAAUACGGCAUUACGAGUGAAGGGUAUAAAGUGGUCUGUAACGCAGGCUCAAAAAUAUUCUGAAUUUUUCAGCAGGAGAUCAUACAAACCUAUUCAGCCCUUGGCAUAACUUCAUAUGAUCACGACCAAACUAUUAAUCUAUUUGCCAAUCUGUUGAAUGACCUCACGUCAUUCUUUUCUGUCCCAACCCACCAGGCAAAUUGGGCCCACCCCAAGACAGGUGCACCGUGGUUUAACCGUAAUUGCAAACAAGCCAAACAACAUCUUUGUGCUAUUUAUAAUGAUUACAAAUCCUCAGGGGCGAUUACGCUUCCCAAGGAGUACUAUCAGGCAAAAUCAGCUUACAAAUAUGUGCAGAAAAAGGCCAAACAGGAAUGGCAAUUGAACCGCUGGCAAGCACUUAUAGCUGCCUCAAGUACUCGUAAUUCCCGAAAAUUCUGGCUGUUGGUUAACAGAAAAUCUAAAAGAUACCCCUUAACAGUUAUUCCUGCCCCAAUUUGGGAAUCCUUUCUAAGGAAUUAUUUUGCCUUACCAGACCUUAAUAUUAAUACAAUCGAUGGAGUCUAUGAGCAGCUCCCUCUUUGGCCACCCACUGACCCGGAAGAAAUCCACGGACUUAUUUCUAAUCUUAAAAUCGGAAAAGCCCCGGUCCUGAUCUAGUCCCGGCAGAAGCUAUAAAGCUUCAUGCUGACUGGUGGGCGAAAAUCUUGGCCGCUACCUUUGAUGCCGUAAACAACAGUGGGAAGGUACCAAGAAUAUGGAAGGAUGCGAUUAUUGUUCCAAUUCAUAAAAAGGCUCGACAGAUGACCCGGGAAAUUACAGGAAUAUCAGUUUAUUGUCAUUAAUCGGGAAAAUAUAUGCACGGUUCUUGUUAACUAAGCUUACUAAGUGGGCCGAAGAGAACAACCUGAUUGGGCCUGAACAGGCUGGUUUUAGACCGAAUCAGUCAGCGGUUGAUCAGAUCUCAGUUUUAUACCACCUUGCCCGGAAAUACUCCUCCCCAAAUAGAGGCCAACUUUGUGCGGCCUUUAUUGAUUUAAAGGCCGCUUUUGACAGCAUCCCCAGAGGAUUGCUUUGGGGAAAACUAGCCCGAUGGGGAAUAGAUAAAAGACUUUUGUGGCUAAUAACUAAACUGCAUGACGGAUCGGCCGCUAGGGUGAGAAUCUCUCCGGCAGGCGACCUCUCAAACUCAGUAACUAUCAAUAGAGGUGUUCGCCAAGGAUGUAUCCUUGCUCCGACCCUUUUCAAUCUAUUUAUAAGUGAUAUGAGGGCGCCUCUGAUAGAGGCUCAAGAAACGAUCCACGCCCCCCGUCUUGCCCAAUAUCGUUGCCCCCUUCUACUCUACGCAGACGACGCAGUGAUCCUAUCCUUUUCAAGAGUCGGCCUUAGGAGGGCAUUAAAAAUUUUCGAUGUUUACUGUAAAUCAAAUUUUCUUACAAUUAACCAUGUUAAGUCCAAAGUUCUAAUUUUCACCAAGAGUAGAAAAACCUAUAAUUGGAGAAUAGACGGAAAAGCUAUUGACCAAGUCUUUAAAUUUCAGUACUUGGGAGUCUUCCUCCAACACAACAUGGGCUGGAAGGUCCAUGUUGCAUAUGUAUUAAACAGAGCUAAAGCCCUUUCCUAUGCGCUAUUGCGUUUUUCUUUUCAGAUGGGGCUUUCCAUAUUCCAUCAGUGUUAAAAGUUUUCAAGGCAAAGGUGAUUGCAACAAUAGCAUAUGCAGUCCCAUUAUGGGGGUCCUUUGCUAAUCUAACCCAGUUGGAGGUAAUCCAAAACCAGCUUUUAAGAAGGUUGUUAAAAUUACCUAGGUGUGUAAGCAAUACUGCUAUACGACUGGAACUAAAUGUUACAUCUCUAGAAACCACAUUAUGGAAAUGCAUCCUCUGUUACUGGUUGGCUUUAUGGCAUAAACUUCCAAAUCUCCACCUGAUACAAUGCCUCUGGAGAGAUGACUUCCCUAGCCCCUGGGCAAAAAUAAUACAUGGGAAACUUGUGUCCCUAGGACUAUCUCCAUCCGAACUAUUAAAAUUGGAUUUAACUCGGCCAAAAGAAUUAUAACUCACAAAUUAGAGGAGAUGGAUUUACAAUUUAAUAUUGCGACAGGUGGAGGCACCUGUUCGCCGCUAAACCUUGGCUUAACUCCACCCCCGACACUUCCAUCUUACUUAACUACCUUAUCUGUGGUGACGCACAGGUAUGCCUUUAUAAUGGCUAGAUUCAAUGUUUUCCCAUCAAACGUGUUGGGUAACAGACUCUCCAACGGACAGAUCUCACUCCUCUGUGACUGUAAAAGCGGAUCUAUAGAAUCGUUAUAUCAUAUAAUCUUCUGUUGUCCAUUACAUUCGGCUUCACGGUCCAAGUUUCUGGCCCCAUAUUUAUCGAGAAUUGCUGACAGUCCUCAGGAAGCCCAAAUAAUAUACUUAUUAAGCGACGAAGAUACAAGUAGAUCCCUUGCAAUCGCUAGAUACCUGAUUAAUGUUUUAUUUCAAAAGAGGAGAAAUGGAUCACUGUAUGUUUCUGACAGCUUAGCUAAACUUAAGAACCAUCAAUAAGUGCCAGAACUAAGACGUAUACCCCCAAAAUCUGAUGGAUCGGAAUUGCGGUUUACAUAGAGGAGCUUAUUGUGUAUAGUGUUUACUUAACUAAAGUAAAAUUGGUUUUAUAAGGGUGUUUUAACUUGGAACUGUUUAAAUUGUAUUGUUUAUGGAUAAAUUCUGAUGUAUUGUUUUUUAUAUGGGCCAAUGGCCGUAAUAAAUCUAAAUCUGAAAUCUAAAGGAUCGGUUCCCUAAUAUAUUUUUUUUGUAUAUUUCAAAAUCUCCUUGUUAAGGAUGAAAUACUACUGUACUACUAAACCAUCACACAAAGAUAGGAACAAACUGCUCAGUAAGAGUCAGUGAGCUUUUAACAUGUUCUAAUUGCAAUUUAGAGCUUUGCAGACAGUGUUUGUGAGCACAAACCUCUGACCAUGAAUGAAUAGGAUUUGGGGCAAACCAAUUUGCUGGUUUUUAUUACCAAGCUUGUAGUAAUUGUUUGGCUUACUGCAGGUGUUUAUUAAGAAUGCAUUUAUAUUGUUGUGGAUUGCACUGAAAUUUUUAAUGAGGGGUGUUAUAGAAAUGUUAUAAAUCAAUGGUUUUGAACCAGUAUGCUGUGGCAUCCUGGCGUGCCUUAAAUGGUGGUCCGGGGUGCCAUGGGCAACACAAGCCUCUGUCCCUCUUUCCUUCCCUCCUCUGAGGCCUUCUCAUGUCUCUGACUCCCAAAGGCUGUUUGUUGCACCAGCCCUGGCUACAAGAUCUGCAGGUGAAUGGUGCCUCUGGGGCUGGCCAGGGGGUGCUGGUUGCCAGGAGCUGAGGUGGCCUCGGAAUAAGCAAGCAAGCAAGCAAGCAUGCAAGCAAGCGGGUGAGGGAGCCCAACCAGCCCAUCCACCAGCCCUUACUCUUGGGAAUGGAGACACAAGUCCCAGGCCCCUGUGGAGCAGUGUGAGGAGGCACCUCUCUUUGGGGCGGUGGGGGGGGGCAGCUCAGAGACCAGGGGUGGCAACAGCGGCUGCCCAGAGGACUCCCAAGGAGAGGGGAAAGGAGGCUGAGGGAACCCUCCACAAGGGAAAGUGUUCAAAAAAAGGGUGAGAGGCUGCCAGCUCUGCAGGUGAGGGGUGACAUAACUGGGCUCCUGAGCCCCACAGGGGUGCCGCAGAAGGAAUGUAGUUGGUCAAGGGAGCCGUGGACUCAAAAAGGUUGAAAGCCUCUGUUCUAAAUGAAUGAAUGAAUCAGAACCAGGAUGUGCACUCCUUUGGGUACUUGGACAGAAAUCUAGCUUUCUCACUCCAGGCACCUCCAGACUGUCACUGUUGUCGGGUUGGGUUCAGUCCCGCCACAGAAGAUUCAGAUUGCACAGUUAUAGCUGCUUGUGAGAUGUUGUGCAACAAACCUGCUUUUCCCCAAAGAUCGGACUUUUGUGAUAAGGAAAAUGGCAGGAAGGUGCACUGGAAAGUGUAGGAAAAUCCGUGCUUUUAUGCAGCACCAUCUGACCUCCCCACAAAUAAAUGAUAAGGAAUGCUUAUUAAAUGGCCAGCAGCCUAAUCUCCAUGCAGGAUGAGUGCUAAAUAAACAGAUUGUCCAGAAGUGACCUCCCUGUCCUAUGCUUCUUUGGAAGAAACUGGAAGGAGGCAAGAGCUCCAACCUUGCUUUGUCCUGUGCAGGACUUGUCUUUUUCUGUGUGGGGCAGAAGAAGGAGGCCUGAGUUUUGUUCCCUUCUGCUGAGGGGGUGGGGGAGCUAAAAUAUUUACACUUCACUUUGAUAUGUUUCAGGGCUUUCUGCUUCUUCUUAUUGAAAUUAAUAUGCCCUUAAUAUGCUCUGUGAAAUCCUUCACACCAUCACAUGUUAGCAUAACCUCUGCUUUAGGCAAAACAGUUGGGUUUUAUUUGCCAGACCAAGCUUUACAACACAGAGGAUCUCAUUUACACAAGAUCUCUGAAACGCCUUGUUUUACAAAUUCAGUAAUUUGCCUCCAAAUCAGCGUUCUGUUCUUCCCUUUCUUUAAACUUCUGAUCAUCCAAAUAUUUUAGGAAUGUUUUUGAAGAGUGGGGAUUUUAAAAAUUUGUUAAGGGUUGGUUGGUUUCUGACCUAAAGUAGAACUCCAUUUUUUUCUCCACAAGGUCUCUCUGUCCAAGGAAUAGCUGUGUGAAUAGCUACAUGUCAGUGUGUCACUCUUGUUUAUCCAGGCAUUUCGAGGGUCCUGCUACAAAGUUCAUGUGGAUGAACAAGCUAGACUAACUUUUCUAUCAUACAGGGUCUAGUUUCCUAGGAGAAAAGCAUGUUUGAUGGGGUACGAUUAAUAUCAACCCCACCCAUGAAAUGCACAGAUCCCAGAUAAAACAUUUACUGUAUCUUAACUUCCCUUUGAACUGCUUGCUUGCAGGAGAACUUGAACUGUUAGAUUCAAGUUUCAUCCUGUAGAUUCGAUAGACCCAGGGUUCUCUCAUUCAACUUAUCAGAUGUCAGUACUGAGGUGGCAUUCAAGUGAAGUGCAUGUUCUUUUGGCCUAUAACAUUGCACACUAGACUCUUAAGGAGGACUGAACCCAUAGAGAUGAGCAGGGGUAAGCUAUUUUAAAAGCACUGGCUGUCCUAAGGAGGAUACUUAUAGCUCUAAUGCCUGUGUUAGGGUGAAUUCACUUUAUGGUGAACAUGACAGUAAAAGGACUGAGAGUCAUAGUACAUUUCUUUGUCCAUUCACAUGGAUAUAGUAAUUAAUGGAAAGAGAGAUGUUGCAUGACUUGCCUUCUGAUGGAGGCGAUCUUAUCCAAAUACAGAGAAAUUCAUAUAGGUCCAGGCAAUUAAGGAGAGAUAAACAAAGACAUAUUAAUAUGUCUUUUUAUUUGCUUAACAAGGAACUCCUUGGACUUGCAGACAAAGUGGAUAGGAAUGUGGAUCCAAUUUACUUCUUUGCCUUUUUUCUUUUUACUAACAGGAUGAGGGUAUCGGAUUCAGCACGAAGGUAUGGUUCAUUUCACACAGAGAGGCAAGAGCUGGAAGAGCUGGGUGAGAAGGAUGUGUCUGACUUAGAGUUCCUUUCAAGUGGCCUGGAAAGAGAGGAAAGUGCAUUGGACGCCACGGAUCAGGAAACAGCGGUGUGUGAAGAAGAGAGCAGAAAAAUUUUGUGCUCCGGGUCCAACACCGCUGUGAAGAAGAGAAAGAAGAAAAGGAGGUUAGAAAUAAGUACUGAAAGCACUUGGGGCAUCUGGAUGGGGACAAGGAAAUGUAAUUCUGAAAGUCAUAAAAAUAUACGAGGCACUAACCAAGGAGGCAUUGCAAACUUUUGUGGUAAUAAUGACAAAGGGGAGGGUGCAAUAUAAAUGCAGUGGGAGAAAACAAGGUGUGCUAAGAGGAAAUUAGUGAAUGAAAGAGCAUAUAUUAAUAUACCUCACACCAGGGACGAAUCUUCUAUGAAACUAUUGAAAUUUAAGUUUCAGGGUCUCUAAACCUGGAGGGGUCCCAGAACUUACUUUAGUCCACAUUGCUUAAAAGAAUUGGGUCUAGUAGACCCAAAUGAGUCGCAUACUCAAAUUGAUUAAUUUUGUGUGUGUAUAUAUUUCAGAGUUUGAAAGUCAAUAGCACAGGUGUUGUAAAGGUUGCUGUAAACAGCCCCAUUGAAAAAAAUAACAGUGGUUACCCAGACCUUGUUGCUGGUUGCAAAGGGGGUCCCAUAACAGUUCAAGCCCCCAAAAUGUAGGUUCGCCACUGCCUCCUAAUCAAUCACGCCAGUCCAUUCCGAAUGCUCAGCAUGCAUAUUGAUAUAUCCUUAACUUAGUUUCUCAUUUACGUAUUUAUCCUCUGAGGUAGACUAGGCUGAAUAACAGGGACUUGUCUGGGGCCUUCCUGUGAGUGAUGAGCUGAACGCAGGUGUAUCAUUCAAAUUCAACUGGCUUUCCUCACUUUUUUAUAUACAAAACAAAAAACAUUCUGCUCUCUAUAGCAAUCUGUUUGAGGUUUGGCUGUUGGCAAUCUAGCUGCAUGCCCGAUUGGCCUUAGAGCAAGGCAGCUUCUCUGCCAAACGAACCGUACUGUUUGUGGUUCAUCUGAUACUUCAACCCAAGGCCCUGGGAGUCAUGUACUCACUUACUCUGAGACUGCAGAGAUCGGCGAGCAAGCACAUUUGAAGUAAAUCUUGAUCACUGCAUCGUUUUUAGUCUCCAGCUAUGGUGCUAUACCCUGGUGCAAUCAUGCAGGGCCAAGGGGGAAAGCUCUGCACCCCAUCUGAGAGUAGGAAGCUUGUACACUUUACUAAACUUCCACCAGCAUCUGUCAUUGUCUGAAAAGAUUUAGCUCAUUUCUGGUUUUAAUUCUAAAACAGCCCUGUAGUUAAGCGUUUUCCUGAUAGCCGUAAGAUAUAAGGAAUUGCAUUUAGAUGAGAAAGGGGGCUUGUGGGGGAAUGAUGGAGCACUCCAUUGUUCCUCUGUGCCCAGUAUUGAAAUGUAGUGGGUUGCUACAGGAGAAAUGGAGCUCAGCAGACUAAUAAUAAUAAUAAUAAAGCUUUGCAGCUUAUUUGCAAGACUUUUUAAAAAAUUGUCAAUAUCAUAUUGUUAUGGAUAUACCGACAGGCUUCUGAAGGAAAGGGUCACAGCUUUGUGCAGCCAUUCCUGGGGUCAUAUGCAGGAGAAGGUGAAAAUUUCUCUAUAGCAGCAAUUGUCUUGAUCUGGCAGCAUAUUUCUUGCUGACAUGACAUUUGGUGACUUACUCAGACUGCUUAGAAGCUAAUUAUUUUGUAUAUUUUUUAUUUAUUAAACUCAUUAGACUCGCAGCAACACACCCACAACCCUAGUGGCAGACCUCAGGGUCUCAAAUUUCAGCAGCACCCUGUGCAAUGCCAAACUUCAAUACCCCCCCCACCGCCUCUCACCUUCCAGUCUACAUCAUAGUUAUGGCGCCCCCUGUGGCGUUCCGUGAGUUCAUAGGCAAUGUGGUACUUGAACCAUCUACACCUGGAGGUAAAGGCUUAAAAGAGGUCCCGGAAGGUACUCAGGUGCUUUGCAAUAAGACCAUGAAUUGGUUUUGCCUGUCUGCCUCUGUCUUUCUUCUUCUUCUUCUGUUUUUCAGAUGACCAGUGAUAAAUCUGACCAACUGCAAGUACGAGAGUGGUGAGUGCCCUUCUUUGUCCCCAGUUGUGAAAUAAUAGAUUGGCUUUAUUUCUCAGUCACCGUUCUAAACAGUGAGAAAAGCACCAUUUGCACUAGGGAGCAACUUUUAAGUGUCUCUUGACUUAAACUGGAAUUUUGUUAAGACCAGAUCUUUUUACCAAUAUAUAUAUAUAUAGAGAGAGAGAGAGAGAGAGGGUCACAACUGCAUUUGAAAAUAUACUUUAGUAACAAACAUAUGUUAAAACACAGCCACAUACAUUGCAUUUUUUAAAAUUAUCAUUACUUCUAAAAAAUAUUGAUAUUUUUUCAAGGGCAGCCUAAUGUUUGUCAAAAGAGCUUUUCUUUGGCAUAUGAAGUGGAAUAAGGUAAAGGUAAAGGGACCCCUGACCAUUAGAUCCAGUCGUGACCAAUUCUGGGGUUACGGCACUCAUCUCGCUUUAUUGGCCGAGGGAGCCGGCGUACAGCUUCCGGGUCAUGUGGCCAGCAUGACUAAGCUGCUUCUGGCGAACCAGAGCAGUGCAUGGAAACGCCGUUUACCUUCCCGCUGGAGCAGUACCUAUUUAUCUACUUGCACUUUGAUGUGCUUUUGAACUGCUAGGUUGGCAGGAGCAGGGAGCUCACCCCGUUGCGGGGAUUCGAACCGCCGACCUUCUGAUCGGCAAGUCCUAGGCUCUGUGGUUUAACCCACAGAGCCACCCACAUCCUUUAUGAAGUGGAAUAUAUAUUAUCUAAAUAAAUGAAGGCUAGGGUAGGAAUUUGCAGGGGGAAAUGUUAUGAUACAGAAUAAAUAUUACGUAUCUACCAACUGUAUCUUGUCAUCUCCCAGCCUCAAGCAAAUUAUCUUCUCUUACAUUCAUUCCAUGGAAUUAAAAUAUGUACAACUUAGCGGCAGCAUUUUAGAUUUAGAUGUGUAUUUGAUGUGACCCUCUGAGUUGAACAAGCCUCCCCACCCGAUGUUUCCUCUUGCAGAUGUAUCUAUUAAAUGCUGAUGACACCAUUCUCUCUUCUAUGAUGCAGUGCGACGGGCUGCUAUGAUGUGUGGCCUCCGGGAGGCAACUGA